UGUGGAGCUGAGCUCAGCACCUGCUGAUCAUUCCUCUUCCCACAUUAUGGAUGUCUCGAGUCUCCAUGCAAAUUAAACUUCCUGAGUUUCUCUGUGGGCAUUCCCCAGUUCCCCUAAUUGGGAGGAAUCCUGCUGGUGACUCCUUUGUGGCCAAAACUGGUCUUGGACUGGCCCAGCUUGGUCCAGUCUCAGGCAGCUGAGCUGUGGAGCAGCUUCUGGGAUCCAGCCAGAUUCUCCCAGUAUCUCCAGGAGCUUUUCCUGUAAUUCCUGCUGGGGCUAUAACUCCCAGUUACCAACCCCAUCCUCAUUUCUCUGGAGAGAUCCAUGCCUGGAUUUUACCAGUACAUUCCUGGUCUGUGCCAGUUCUUCAGGAACUGCAUCUCCAUUUCUCUCUUCCUUGAAACUUGAACAGCACUUCCAAGAAUCCCAGUUCUCCCUCCUCACAUUUCACUUAAUAUCCUUCAGUUUCGCUUUUCCUCUGUUGCUUCCAGCUACAAAGGAGCAGGAACAAUCUCUUUGUCAUGGAAUUACCCUUUGGACUCAGUGGCUUCCAGCUCUUCCUCCAGGUGAUUCAGUUUGUCCCUAGUGCUGGAAAACAGCCUUGUUUUUGUCACCGAGGUCACAAAUCACUCUCGGGGUGUGGCUGUCACCCAGGAGUCACCCAAAGCUUCAUCUCCUGGGGGUGGGAAGUUCAAAGUCUAUCCUGAGCAAACAUUCCCUAAGGACUGAUAAUUGCUGCCCUGAAUGGACCCUCUGGAACUGGGAGAGGUGGAUGGAGGUGAAAAAACACCCUUGAGUCAUUCCAAAAAGUUCCCUGUAAAGAUAAGGCUGGAGAAUCCUUGAUGACCUUCAAAGGGGAGCUCUUGGUCUUGAUUCCCUCUGGAAAUGGUCAUAUGGAAUCUUUUUUCCCCUCACGUGAGAGCCUGGAUUUUUGGUUCCAUUAUCAUUUCCACGUGAGGGAUUUCCCCUGAUUUUUAUGGCCCUCAAGAGCCUUUCCCCAAUAAAAUCAUAUCCUAUUGGAAUGGACUCAUUGGGAUCACAGAGUCCAAUUCCUGACCUUAAUCCUGCUUUGUCACGGGUGAUAAACAUCAGAGCUGGCCACACCUCACUCAUUUUCACGGAUUUCUGAUCCAUUAUUCCCUGUGUACAAAUAAAAGCUGCUGUUCCAUGGCUCCUCCACAAUUUGUGGAAGAUUUCUGUUCUUAUUCUUCCUUUAAACCAGUAAGGAAAAGUCUGUUUCUCUCCAGAACCACUUCUUAAACCCCCAAAUUCCCUUUUCAAGGUGUCCCCAGGUGCACCCCAAAGCCUGGAUGAAAGAGCCCCUAUUUCUUCUGACCUUACAGGGCUGACCUCAAGAGCUUGAGCAGAGAAGAAUUCAGUGAGGAAAAUCCCUUUUGGAACCUAACAGUGGGAUUUUAGGGGGAUUUUUUUUCCCCUUUAUGGCUGUGACCCCUUUGCCCAGACCCAGCGCAGCAAACUCCAGCACCGCAGGGCCCGGAUCAACCAACAGAUCAACAAGGAAAUGAGGAUGAGAGCAGGAGCAGAAAAUCUCUUCCGGGCCACCAGCAACCACAAGGUGAAGGAAACAGUGGCUCUGGAGCUGAGCUAUGUCAACUCCAACCUUCAGCUCCUGAAGGAAGAGCUGGAAGAGCUCAACAGCAGCGUGGACGUGUACCAGAAUGACAGUGAAUCCAUCAGUGUUCCCAUGAUCCCUCUGGGACUCAAGGAGACCAAGGAGCUGGAUUUGCUGGUACCACUCAAGGAUUUCAUCAGUGAACACUAUGGAGAGGAGGGUGUCCUGUUUGAAAAGGAAAUCAAGGAAUUCAUGGAGCUGCGACAGGCCAUGCGCACCCCGAGCCGCAACGAGGCCGGAUUGGAGCUCCUGAUGGAAUAUUACAACCAGCUCUACUUCCUUGACAGCCGCUUCUUCCCUCCCACCAAAACCUUGGGUGUCUUCUUCCACUGGUACGACUCCCUGACAGGGGUCCCAUCCCACCAGAGGGCUCUGGCCUUCGAGAAGGGAAGUGUCCUCUUCAAUCUCGGGGCGCUGCACACCCAGAUCGGAGCGCGGCAGGACCGCGCCUCCCUGCCCGGCCUCAACCAGGCCAUCGAUGCCUUCCAGAAGGCAGCUGGUGCCUUUAACUACUUGAAGGAAAACUUCUCCAACGCUCCCAGCCUGGACAUGAGUGCAGCCUCCCUGACCAUGCUGGUGAGGCUGAUGGUGGCCCAGGUCCAGGAGUGUGUCUUUGAGAAGAUGACCUUGCUGCGUGCCCAGAACGACUUCCUGACCCGCCUGCAGCUGGCUCAGGAGGCAGCAAGGGUGGAAGAUGUUUAUUCCCUGGUGCACCAGACCAUGAGCCAGCCCCAUGUGAAGGAUUAUGUUCCCUUCUCCUGGAUCACCAUGGUCCAGGUCAAGUCAGAACAUUUCAAAGCCCUCUCCCAUUAUUUCGCUGCCAUCGCCCUCUGUGACUGCCCUGCUCCCUCAGAUGCUGAGCUGCUGGAGCAGGAGAGGGCUUUCCUGCAAUUCCAUGUCACCAUGCCUGAGGGGCCAUCACUUCGUGUCCUGCUGCAGGAUCCCGAGGAGAGGAGGAAGCUGGGCAAAGCUCACCUCAAAAAAGCCAUCAUGAAGCACGAGGAGGCCAUGAGGAUCCAUGGAUUGUGCAAGAUCCUAAGGAAGAUGGAUAUCCUGCAGGAGGUCCUGUCCUUCGCCCACAAACGCUCCCUGAGCAAAUAUUCCGAGAUCGACCACGAGGAGGAUUUCUUUGAGACGGGAGAGGCUCCGGACAUCCAUCCCAAAACGCACCAGAAACCCGAAAUCAAAUCUCCAAACUUCUCCCAGGUGAAGGUGACCGACCUCUUCCACAGGCUGGGCCCCCUUUCCGUGUUCUCAGCCAAGAACAAGUGGUACCCAGCUCGGAGAGUCCACCUGAUGAGAGGAGAGAACGGCUUUGGAUUCACCCUGCGAGGAGACUCCCCCGUCCUCAUUGCCGGGGUCAUCCCGGGGGGCUGUGCUGCUGAAGCUGGGCUGAAGGAGGGGGACUACAUCAUCUCAGUGAAUGGCAAAGACUGCAAGUGGUCCAAGCACGCUGAGGUUGUCCAGCUGCUAAAGAGCACCGGGAAGGAGGGGGUGGACAUUGGAGUCAUCACCCUGCAGGGCUCGGAAUGUCCCAAAGCUGUGGACAGGAAGGCAGCAGUGAUGUCCUCGGGAUCUGGGAUGCUGAAGAGCAACAAGGAGAACAGCAGGAAGAGCCUGAUGAACAGCAAGAGCGCCAGCACGCUCCUGGUGUGGAGCAAGAAGAGCAAGAGGAGCAAGAAGAGCACCUACAGCGGUGUCCCCUUCACUGCUGUGGGGGACAACGAGGCCAUGUACUGACCAUGCUCCAUGGAGCUCCAGGACUGGCUGCCUGGGAAGCUUCCCAAGCCUGGCUGGGCUGUGAGGACUCCCAGACCCGGGAAUGCGCCGCUGGUCGGAUCCGCGCCGAGAGGUGAGCGAGGCACCUCCACCUCCCAGCUCCUGUGUCCAACGAUCCCCCACAGUCUGGGGGAAACUCGGGUUUAUUGU